AUGUCUAUGAUGAAUCCAGAACAAAUGAACAACAUCCUAAAUGAAUUAAAGCUAGGCACUGUAUUAGUGCAACGCAAACACGAUGGAGAAAAAUCAUCUCGUCGUUUUUAUUUGCAUAAAAGUGAACAAUUCAUCACCCAUCAUCAACUAGAUAAAACAUUCGGUGCGCCAACACGCUAUUAUAUAAAUAAAAUUGAUGAAGUGCGCGUUGGUCUCAAUACACGAACAUUCGAUCGACUAGUUCGACAUAAACUCCUCGAGCAAGAUAACGACCGAUGUGCCUUUUCGAUAUUUUUCAAUAAUUAUCGGAAUGAACUUCACUUUCUUGCAAAUGAUGAAGAAAUUCGAAAUAUUUGGGUCGAAGGUCUUCGAUACCUCAUGGAAACGCAUGCACAAAAACGACAACGACACUUGAUUAACGAAGCUAAUUGGAUAUUGAAUUACUUCUAUUUGGCGGAUAAAGAUGGUUCUAAUUCGUUAUCGAAAAGCGAAUGUCGACGGCUGCUAACCGAUUCACUCAAUGCAAAAGUUUCGGCGAAAGACUUCGACAGACUAUUCCAAGAAGCCGAUCGAAGUGGAGAUGGAUUACUAACAGCCGAUGAUUUCCUCGAAUUUUUUCACACGUUAACUCGUCGUCGUGAUCUCUAUAAUAUAAUGAAAAAAUACGCGAAAAACGACGAGAACCAUACGAUUGAUUCGAUUUAUUUAACAACCGAAGAACUAUUGGAAUUCCUUCAAAAAGAACAAAAUCAAGUUAUAUUGAAAACUCCGAAACUCGAUUCGAAAUUUGAAUUUUCACUGGAAAUCGUUAAUACUUGUGAACAAGUACAAGAGCUAAUCAAAGAAUUCGAAUUAAAUGAUGAACUAAGAGAAAAAGGUCAUCUGAGUUUAAAAGGCUUUCGAAAUUUACUUCUAUCUGAUGAUUUUGCUUUGAUGAAGCCGUGGUGUUCGCGUUUUGUCUAUCAAGAUAUGACCAGACCGUUGAGCGAUUAUUAUAUCAAGACUUCACACAAUACUUAUUUGUUCAAUAACCAAGUUUUUGGUGACAGUAAUCCAGAAGCAUAUAAUCGCGCUUUGAAAGCUGGUUGUCGCGCUGUGGAAAUCGACUGUUACGAUGGUGAUAAUGGCCGACCGAUAGUCAAACAUGGCUUUACACUGGUUAAGCCAUGUUUAUUCGAAUCAAUCAUUCGUUUCAUUGAACCGAAUCUUUUCAAAGCAUCACCAUAUCCCGUGAUACUUGAUCUGGAGAAUCAUUGUUCAAUUGAACAACAGCAGGAAAUGGCACGAAUCUUACAACGCAUACUCGGUGAUCGAUUAAUUUCGGAACCACUGUUGACUAAGGAUUCAUCGAUUUUACCGUCACCGGAAGAUCUGAAAUAUAAAGUGCUUAUUCGGGGUGUGAAAAUUCCUGCUCCAGUUGAUGAACCACAAAUAACCGAAAAGCAGUCACCAUAUCUAUUUUUCUAUUUACAAAAUGUUCCAUAUAUUGACUAUGAGAACGCGGAAAAGAGCCAAGAAUGUUAUCAUUCAGCUAAUCUUGCAGAAAAGCAUUUCGACCGAGCAUGUAAAGCCGACCCAUUAGGUGUGAUUAAACAAACAUUGAAAUCUUCGCUUCGAAUGUAUCCCGAUGGUCUUCGACAAGAUUCCAGCAAUCCGGAUCCGAUAGCGCCUUGGAAUUUCGGCAUACAAAUGGUGGCGUUGAAUUAUCAAAAUGACGACUCGGUCAUGUCAUUAUCUUACGGGAAAUUUAUGGACAAUGGAGGCUGCGGAUACGUAUUAAAACCAAAAUAUCUCACUGAUAUUGAUAAAUCAUUAUUCAAUCCUUUAAAUUUUAUUGUCAAACCACCGGCACUAUCCGAAUGUAUUUUCGAAUGCCCGCAACGUUUGACCAUAAAAGUGAUUAGCGGACAAUUUCUCCCUCGAGCUAAUGAAACGACGACGGAUAUUCCCGACCCGUAUGUUCUCAUUUCAACACACGGAAUUCCAUGUGAUAAACAAACGAAGAAAACGAAGAAAAUUGAUGACAAUGGCUUCGAUCCGGAAUGGAAUGAAACAUUCCAAUUUGAUAUUCAUUUUCCACAAAUGUGUCUUAUCCGAUUCGAUGUUUAUGAUCAUGACCGAUUUUCUCGUGACGAUCGAUUAGCAUAUUUUUGUUUACCAGUCACAGCAAUGCAGACAGGUUCAACCUUAGUCGAUGUUGAUGCUUUUAUUUAUCUUAUUCUCUUUAUAGGUUAUCGUCAUAUACAUUUGAGGGCAAAGAAUAAUAAUCUGACUUAUUCAACGAUAUUUAUUCAUGUUCAAUUCAAUCCGAUAUUAAGUUGA